AUUCCAAACUUCUUAUUUCAGUUUUUGCUCCAAACAGUGAAAAAAGACUGUAACAAAUGGCGAAUGAAACGUUUAAGAAAAAUCUGAUUGAAUUACAGGAAGGUAUAGAAAAAUCAUCAAAAAUGAUACAAUCAUUACAAAAGUCCUUGAAACGGACGACGAUGGAAAUUGAACAGAUAGGACAAGUUCUACAGGAUUUUCGCUCUUGCACUGACAGAUCUACUCCUCCAAAAUAUCCCAAAUAUGAGAGCGAAACUGCAAGGGUGACAAGCUACAAUGAUUGUGGAGACAUUGUGAUACCACCAGAUAGUUUGGCUACCUCAGGAUUUUUCUAUGCAGGUUUUGGUGACUGUGUUAGGUGCUUCCAGUGUGGCGUUGGUCUUCGUCAUUGGUCAGAAGAAGAUGAUCCUUGGAUCGAACAUAGUAGAUGGUCAAAGGAUUGUUUAUUUGUUAAACAAGUGAGAGGUCAAGAGUUCGUGAAUAUUGUACAAGUGGCUGUACAGUAUUCUCAGAAUACAAAUGGAAACAGCCAGGCUACAGUCAACAAUAAAGCUGCAGCAACCAAAGAGUGUUCUGCCAAUGCUGAUAUAGAACGCCAAAUGCAUACUGUUGCUGUCCAAAGUGUACUAGAGAUGGGCUACAAUCAUCAUGUCAUACGAAGCGCCUUACGUGCAAUAAGAAAUAGAGAUGAUGGGUGGGCAUUAAAUGCCACAAUGUUGAUGGAGAAAAUCUUCGAAUUAGAAGAUGAAGCAUCCGCCUCGGUCCAAGGCACACCAGAGAAUCAGAUUGGCAUAAAUUAUUUUAGUUCAGAGUCAUCAAAGAGCGCUAGCAUUGAAUCGGUUGUUAUGUCCGAAUUGCCUCCAGUGACAAAUUCAUACAGUGGACCAACGGAAGCAUUCAGAACUCAAACACCCUCGCUUGAUAUUUCAUGUGAUGGAAUUGAUGAGAUGUGGGAGUUGAACAUGGAAAACCAAAGGCUGAGAAACAUACUCUUUUGCCGCCAUUGUAUGACCAGAUUACGUGAAGUUGUGUUUCUAAGUUGCCCAUGGCCACAUCUUUUGUUCUGCAAUAUAUGUUACUUACUUUAUGAUAUUUGUCCAGUGUGCAACACUCCAGUCAAAGCUUUGAUGAAUGUAAGGAGGUAAAAUAUGAACCAAGUUGUUUCCUCCAGAAUAAUGGAGACAUAAACUCUUUCAAGUAACUUUUCACAUAUUGCAUUUCUGAUUUGUUUGAAAAUGAAAACAAACAAACACACAUUCGGCAAUCAUUAACAAAGUCAACUGUCUUUCGUGUGACGUAUUUGACGACUUGUGAUAUGAAUUCUUGCAUAACAAACCUGGCUGAAUAUUUUCUAUUCAUCAGCAAUACUGUGUAACUAUGUUAUAAUAAAUAAUAAAUAGACAAAAGCAAAAUGUACAGUUUAAUCACUUAGAUGUCAAUACUAUUAGAAAUAAUCAUUUUGAAGAUCAUGUAACUCAUUUUUUAUGGUUUUAUAUCAUAAAUAUAAUGCUCAAAUGAAGAUUUACCAAUAUUGUAAGUUUCAAAAACCAUUAUUUGUAAAGAAAUUACAGAUUUUACAUUUUCAUUUUAAGAAAGGGAGGUAACUAAAAAUUUAUUAUCUAUAAGAAAUAAUUUAUUUUCUAUAAAGUAUAAGUCAAAUUCUUCAAUAAGAAAUGAAUUGAUGUAUUUUAAUGAGUACAAUAUUUGCAGUAUGAAUUUUACAUAUUUAGAAGCAUAAUUAUAUACAUAAAAAUAUAUAAAAUUAUGAGUAUGGUAAUAACCUAAAUCACAGCAUACAGGAUUUUUAAAUCUGGAAAAUCUUUUCAACAUAUACAUCUGCCCUCUGUCCCAAAUGUAUAGGGAAAACACUGCCAUUAACAAGACUCAUCACCGAAUUAUAGGUACAUGUGUAAUGGCAUGGAAAUUGCACAGCCUUAUUGUUUUUUCAGUCAGACAUGUUAUAUUAAUUGGUGUCAAAAUGCGGUUUUAAUUACAGAGUGUUAUUCUUCCAUGCAUAAAGUGACAGUGAAUUGACUUGUUUACAUUUUAAAUGUAAUGAGAAAAGUGUUUGCAGUAUAAUAGUAAGCAGCUAUAAAAGGCAUUCGAUUUCGUGAUAUGUUUUAACUUGACAAGUAGAUUAAUCUUGAUUUUUUCAAUUAUUACAUUUCUGUUAACUGAAUACCUGAUAGAACAGUAAUGAAAA